GUCAAUGUCCAGUCACGUGGUAUCACACGGACGGCCAUGUUUCCGAAACACAAACAACAAGAAGAGCAGCGACUAGGAGCCAGCAGACACAUACUGAUACGCAGCAGCGACCGUUGGAGGAGAGGGGAAAAAAUAAUAAAUAAAAUACAGAGCACGACUUCUGAAAGUACGAUUCUGUCGAAUGAAAGACGUUUACCGUGUUUAAAGAGACCAAUGCAUACGAUAUAUUGGCUGUAGACGCGCCGUGCAGACACCCAGUCUGGUAACGUUAGCUAUAAACAGUGAAGUGGUGCAAAGGGAGGAGGACAGGAAAUAAAGGAGUUACCUGGAGGGUCUCCGUCAAUCCACAUUUCAGUUGGAGCGAGAGAAAAGGGGACAGAGGGAGAGAGGGAGAAAAGAAAAGAGGAGUGCGAGUCGCCCACUGCUCUUGGCAGCUGUUCCAGCAGCCUGUUUCAGUGUUUUGGCUGUUUUGUUCCUGCGUUACUUUUUUGAUGAAUCACUUAAUAUUUUUAACUUUAAUGUGAGAUAUAACUGCUGUAAAAAAGAAAAAAGAAGAAAAAAAAGAAAGAAAACAUUAUUACUAGCCAGAGAGUUUUAUUUUGUUCCAUUGUUAAUUUCCACAGUUGUUUUUUUUUUUUUUUUUUUUUUUUUUAUGUUCAUCAACCCUUUUCGGCUGUGAGUAGCAGGAGCUUCCAUUCUCCAAACUAUAGUCGAACCCCCUUCCUUAUCUAGUUAGGACCUGACAACCUGGUAUUCCUCAAGCACCUGAAACUGGCAGCUAUUCUCUUUGUGUCUGUGUGUUUGGGGAGCUCAGUGACCACAGCUUAAGCACCACUCAGCCUUCUAGUCACCUAAGCCUAACUAAAGCCAGCCAGCCCUAGUCUGGUCCAGCCCAGUCCAGCCUGCUCGGAUCAUCUGGACAGGAUACUCAGUUCUGUGUGGACGUGAGGAAUAUGACUGCUGAGACUCUUAACUUCGGCCCAGAAUGGCUCCGUGCACUGUCCAGUGGGGGGAGUGUGACUUCCCCCCCUCCUUCCCCCGCCAUGCCAAAGUACAAGCUGGCCGAGUACCGCUACGGCCGAGAGGAGAUGUUAGCACUUUAUAUCAAAGACAACAAGGUCCCAGAGGACAUGCAGGAUAAGGAGUUUGCUGCUAUUCUGCAAGACGAGCCCAUGCAGCCACUGGCACUGGUGGCACUCACUGAGGAGGAGCAGAGGAACUUCUCCAUGUCUGUGAACAGUGUCGCUGUGCUGAGGCUCAUGGGAAAAGGGGUGGGCGGGGCCGCCCCAGCUGGAGUGGUCCGAGGACGAGGGGUUGCACGAGGUGGUCGAGGACGAGGUCGUGGUGAAGGUGGAUUCUACCAAAGAAGUAUUGAGGAACCGGAGGUGGGUUUCGGACGCAGCGUCCGAGAGAUACACCGCAGCCAGAGCUGGGAUGACCGGGGUGAGCGCCGAUUUGAGAAGCCGCUGCGGCGGGAGGUGGGGCGUCCCGGCUUUGAAGAGGCCGUAGGUCCCGUGGUUCCGGGGAGGAAGGAGUACACAAGGGCCGACAGCGAUAAUUGGCGCAUUCUCCGGGAGGAGCAGCAGCAGGAGGAGGGGGGGGUGGAGCCGGCCCCAAACUGGAGACUGACUGGAAUCCGCAGGGAUGAUGGUGGUCCUCGCUCAGCAGGCUGGCGGGAGCAUACAGGUCCAGGAGAGAGUCGUCGUCGGAAGUUCGAUUUCGAUUUCCGGGACGCUGAGGGUGGUCAUGGUGGUGGGGGCCGCCGGCGAGCAGGCAGUGAGGGAUUAGAGGAUGACCGGUCCGGCCUGCCCGAGUGGUGCACAGACGAUGAGGACGGAGAGAUGGGCACGUUUGACUCCUCUGGAGCUUUCAUGACUAUGAAGACGGGUGGGAAGGAUACAAUCCUGGAGGAGGAGUUCGAGUUUAAGGGUAUAGAGGAGGAGGAGGAAGAGGAGGAGGAGGAGGACGACCGCUUCGCUGACAUCGAGAGGAACGGUGCUGAAGGAGACAAAGAGAAGGAGAGUAAAGAAGCAGGCUCUGCUGUAGGGGAUGGCGAGACGAAGCGUGUAUCUCCCUCCUCCUCUCCUCCCGCUCUCCGACACUGCUCCCCUCCAUGCCUGGAGCCUCGGCUCAGCAACGCUGGCCCAGUGGUGGACAACCUUCAGCUGAACAACAGCCACCCCGUCAUGGCCAGCAGCACGCCCAGCGAAGACAUGGUUACGGUAGGGGGCUUCAAGGUCCAGCUGAGCUCCGGUCCCCCCACCUCCUCCAGUCUGCUUCCCCCACCCCCUUGCUCUGCAGCUCCUUUUCUCCCUCCACCUGGAGGAGACGCAGAGGACGAUGAGGGCAUGAAGCACCUGCAGCAGGAGGCAGAAAAGAUGGUGGCAUCACUGCAGGACACUUCUUUGGAGGAGGAGUGCUUCACCCAGGCUCUGCAGCAGCAGGAGAGCAGGAACACGGCAGCCGCUCUGCCGCUGUCACACGAGGCCGCCAUGAAGUGGUUCUACAAGGACCCACAGGGAGAGAUCCAGGGUCCGUUCACCACCGUGGAGAUGUGCGAGUGGUUCCAGGCGGGCUACUUCACCAUGACCCUGCUCGUGAAGCGGGGCUGCGACGAGGGCUUCCAGCCCCUGGGCGACGUCAUUAAGAUGUGGGGCCGCGUGCCCUUCGCCCCAGGACCUUCCCCGCCGCCCCUGCUUGUGAGACAGCCACCACCAACGCAGCGCACGCAGUCCACACGGGGCUCUGCCGGGACUGGGAGUCAGAGCUCCGCCAACGUAGAGGAUGGGGAGGGGAGGAUGCAGAGGAGAGGGAAGAUUGAUAGACAGGUUACGGGAAAUCUGGACCAGGACCGCCUGAAAAAGCAGCAGGAGCUUGCAGCAGCAGCUCUUUAUCAGCAGCUCUCACAGCAGCAGCUAUUCCAGCUCAUUAACAGGUGCAGUGAGCAGGGUAUAAUGCCUUCGAUGAACAGGUCGAUGUCCGUGCCAGAUACAGGGUCCAUGUGGGACAUGCAUACCUCAGCUUCACAGCCGUCAGGCGGUGAAGCCAGUCUUUGGGACAUAACAAUGAAUCCCUCUACUCAGGGUCCAACUCUCGAACAGCUUCAAAAGCUCCAGCAGGAGAGGCGAGACGCUGAACUCAGGGCAAAGCGUGAAGAGGAGGAGCAGCGUAAGAGGAGGGAGGAGAAGAGGAGGCAACAGGAGGAGCAGAAGAGGAGGGAGGAGGAGGAGCUCUUCAGACGCAAGCAGUGUCGUCAGCAGCAGGAACUGAUCAUGAAGUUGCUCCAGCAAACCCCCCAGCAGCAGGGUCCUGGGGCCAGCAGCUCAGGCUGGAGCGGGUCUCCCUCCUCUGGGCUAUCCAAGUCCGGGAAGCCCCCGGCUCUGGCUCUGCUGGAAAUGCAGCAGGAGGCGGAGAGGCUCCUGAAGCAGCAGCAGCAGCAGAGAGCGCAGCAGAGGGAGCGCCACUCCGGUCUGUCGAUGGGGAGCUCUUCCAUGGGAGGGCAGUGGGCGGAUGGAGUUAGCAUGUGGGGCGGGUCUGGGAGUAUGGAGGGCAAGGGUGGCAGUGUGAGCUCUUCGGGCAGCAUGGGCAUGUGGGACGAGGCUGUGAAGAACCAGUCCGGCCUCCGCGGCAACAGCAACAACAACAUGGGCUUGAAGAACAGCCGCAGCAGCCCCUCUCUCAGUGAGCAGUACAUGAUGCGUCGCAAGCGGACGGAGGAGGAGGAGAAGCUGCUGAAGCUGCUGCAGGGCAUGAAGCCUCAGGAUGGCUUCACAACCUGGUGUGAACAGAUGCUGCAUGCUCUCAACACCUCUGCCAACAACUCUUCCUCCUCUCUGGAUGUUGCCACAAUUGUUGCAUACCUGAAGGAGGUGGAGUCUCCCUAUGCAGUACUGGACUUCAUCCGGUCCUACCUAGGGGACACAGUGGAAGCCAAAGAGUUCGCCAAACAGUUUCUGGAGCGACGUGCCAAACAGAAAGCCAACCAACAGAGACAGCAGCAGCAGUUAUCAAAGGAAGUGGCUGGAUUGAACAUGAACUUCCCUCUGCAGGACUCAAUGCGUGGUAUGAACCCAAGCACCCUGCAGUCCAUGUUUCAAGCCAACCACAUGGGCAAGUCUGGUCUCUAUGACAACGGGGGAAAGAUGAAGAAGAAACAGCCCAUGAUGUUGCACUCUGACCCCAGCAUCUUAGGGUACUCAUUCCACAACGCGGGCGAGUGUCUGAGCCUGAAUGAGAUGGAGAUGGUGGAGGAUUACUGAUGUGACGCAGCGCAGCAGCAAUAGCUACCUGAGGCCUUCUGUCUUUUAAUCAGACAAACCUGAUGACGAAUGUGCACUGCUGGGGGAACUGGGGGUGGGGGGGGGCGGGUUGUUGGGAUAGGAAGGGAGCCAGCGUGAGGGGAGGUGCAGGGGGGAGGCGCCUGGAUCUGCGCCUCCCACUUUUUCCUUCUCUCUGGCAAGAGAAAUAAAAGGGCUCCCUGCUGCACCAGUUGAUCACUUGAGCAGGGGAGAGGGUGGGGGGGGGGAGGGUGAUGUUAAAAAGGAAGAUGGGUAUCCUCUGGCACUCAAAAGAUUAAGCACCUUAUAUUGAACUAAUGCACUUUAUUGAGAUGGGAUUUGAAUAUUUUUUUGUUUUGUUCAUGUGUGUGAAUGCGAGCGUGUUGGGACUCAGUGCGCAUAAACAGUACGUGUACAUACACACGAUCUGCGUGCGUUAGAACUGGAAGGGGCGGUGAAGCAGUCGGUGGGGUGAAUGGUCAGGCUGUGGGGUUUUCAAAGUCAGGGGGACCUUUAGUUGAAACCUUAUCAGAGAGCAAAUCCUUUCUCGAAAGACAAACACUGUUGAUAUUUCUCUUGUUUAGCAUUUUUUUACAUUUAUAUAAAAAGUAAAGCUAUUGAAAAAUGGAUUAUAAAAAAACUUGAAGAUUUGCACUUGCCUAAAAAAAGAAUAACAAAAACAACAAAAAAAUCAAACGAAUGGGGUUAGUUCUAGAAGUGAAUAUUUUUGUGAAUGUGUAUGUAUGGCUGUGAGAAUGACUGGAUGGUGUGAUGGUUGGUUUGUGUCAGUAAUAUACCAGUCUGCACAAGUAUUUUGUUUUCAUUCUUUUGUUGCUUACCGAGAUGUAUGAAACAUAAGAGGCCAUUUUUGUCUUUUUUUUGUUCAGAUGGUAAUUUUGUAUUCUCGUGUGUGUGUGUGUGUGUGUGUCCCUUCUCCAAACAGGGACUUGAUCUGUAUGUCUUGAGUGACGAAAGAUGUUUUCAAUGAAUGAACGAAUGAAUGAAUGAGACAGAAACCGAGAGAGAGAGAGAGAGAGAGGGGGCAAUUGCACAACACAUCCUUUCUCUCACCAGCUCUUCAUCCCCAGAUAGACGAAAUAGAAAUGCAUACAUUUGUAAAUGUUAGCUUUGCGCUCAUCACAUGAUGUCCACCACUAGUUUAUUCCCCUUAGCCUCUCCCCAUGGGGAGCUGUCUCUAGACCUGUGAGGACUAGCAGGCAGGGGGAAUCAUGAGGGACAUUACUGUGUGUGCAUCAGAAUGAUCAGAAUUUGUGUGUGAGUGUGUGAGUGUGUGAAUGUGUGCGCGCAUGUUCAUUUUUCUGUUCAUGGAAAUGAGUUUAAGACUACAGGUACUCAUUUUUUGAAUACAUGUGCUGUUUUUGUAUGCGUAUGAAUGCACAUUUGUGCCUAAGAACUUGGAUAGGGUGCGUGGCCAUUGAGACAUUAACUCUUUUUUCGAGAGCGAGUGUGACGUGCGUCAGUGCUCAGCACAGUGUAUGUAAAGUAUGGGUUUAUAUAUCGUAAAUAUUUCUAGUUCAGUCUAGGGGUGAUCCAUCGGAAGGUUAGUCCAGUCUGUUGUCCUGGGGUGUGAUCACGUUGCCUUUUGUCAGCUCUCGAACUUGUGAAUGAAAGGUGUCGAGUUGCUGACUGAAAAAAAAAUACAAAACAGCAUCUUAAUGUGCAAGAGCACAGAGCGGUGCAUGAAAUGUUAGCAUAUUGUGUUACUUAUUCGUUGUUGCAAUUUGAUAAUGACGAGUUUUCUUUUUUUAAUGAAAAAUAUAUAUGAAUAUAUACAUUAUAUACAAAGUUUAAAAAGUAUUUGGACUAAGAUAAUGAGCACUUGGGGCUGCUAUUUUUUGUUGUGUGUUUAAUUUUUUUCCUUAAUUUUUUUUUUUUUUAAUUUUUGUUUCAUUAUCGCCAUGUGAAGUGUGUGUAUUACUUCUUAAGAAAAUAUUGAAUGUAUUCCAAAAAAAUGACAAGAAACCCGUGCUGAUUGAUACCAGAUUUUUUUUUCUCAGAAGAUUAAAAAAAAAUGGAAAAAUACAAAAAGCUUCAAAGAAUUUAGCGAGAACUUUAAAAAAAAUAAAAAUGACAGAGGAAGAAGAAGAAGAAAAAACUCUGGAUGGAUACAGUUGAACACACUGCCUCUACAAUCCUGGUCGUACAAAUGGUGACUACGAAUUCAAAGAAAGGACUCUUUCUAUUCCAUACUGGAGCUUUGGUUGUUUACAAACCACAUGGAUAUCUGUGGGUGCAGUUUUUAUUUUCAUUUUCUUUCCCACAUGAGACGGGUGGGGUUUGCAAGUGCGCUUCUGCCAUAUGGACAUUGAGUGGUGUUUUUUUUGUUUUUUUUUUUGAGGAAGAGUGGCAGGUGUCACAAGACCAUGGACAAGAGCCUCUAACUGGACCGUUCGUGUGUGGUUGUGGAUCCUGAGACUUGAUGAUCAACCAUGGAGCGGAGCCGGGAAAAUCGAGGACGGGCUCUGUUUUUCUUUCCGUGGAGAACGGAGUGCAGGGCUGCAUUAACCCUAGAGGGAACUGAGAGGGUGAUACGAGUUCACCUGGUUAGUGAGCUCGUCUCCGCCUCGACCCUCAUGAGCGCUCACACCCUGCCAACUCACCAACUCACCUAUGCACUUUUGUUCAUUCAAGCUGUGAGGUACCAUUUUGGGGAUGGGAGCACAAAUUACAAUGGGAGGAUCGCUACGACUUUGACAAAGUCACCGAUAACGAUAUUCACAAACUGAAAUAAGAGACCCGGGGGAGCGCGUCUCCUCCCACCUCCUGUCUGUAUAUAACCAUAUUUUUGUAUUAUCUUUCAGAGCAGAAAGAAAAUGUGCAAAUGGAUGAAGGAAAAAUUCGAGACGUUGAUUAUAUGGCGCGAAUGUUCUUCAAGAAAACCAAUCUUUUUGAAUAUAGUUUGAGAUAGACUCGCUGUGAGUUUCCCUUAGUUUGCCAGUAACCCUGAAAUAAUCAGGGACGGAAGGGAGAUUUAAAAAAAAAAAAAAAAAAAGAAGAAAAAAAAAUAGAGGACUGAGGCGUUGGGCAUGCUACAGUGGCUCCAAGACUGACUGAUAGUUAAUUAUCAAAAUGGAUGCUGCGGUUGCGACAAAGAGCCCCGCCAAGAGUGUUUUGAUCAAGAUGCACAGUGAGGAGGCAGGCAUGGGUUCGAAGAGCUUUUGGCAAGGAAGCUUCCACUCUCCCAACCUGAUGACUGCCUUGAGUGACUGCAGGAGGAAAAAGCUUCGGCAAUGGAGUCUGGCUGUGUUUUAUUUGCUGCCCUCCGCGAGGAGGAUCUAAUCUACAGCCAACUCAUGAACCAGUUGACCCGUAACCUAUCAUUUGAACUUAAACCUUACGAAACUUUUCUGUCUUGACCUCGGACUGAGCAGGCCAUCGGCAUUAUCAGUUGGAUAGUUACCAGAUGACGUUAACAGGUUUACCAACCAUGGAUCCGGUCUGUGUUGGGUUUGGGAUUUCAUCGGCGAGUAGGAGGAUAAAGAGAAUCAUCCAACCCCCCAUCACCACCUUGGCCUGUGAAACUCUCCAGGUGGCUGUGUGGAUGACUUCUGACAGGACAGAAGACCCCCAGACGUCCGAGACUUGAGAGCGGGGGGCGGAGGGAGUUGGGUUUUGGUGGACGUGGCUGGAUUACAUCGAAGUCACCAGAAACCUCCGGCGGCUGUGGGACCGGAGGAACUGAUAGAAUUGUACAAACAAACUUUGAAACGUGACAAAACACAAACGCGUAGAGACAUGCCACAUAGAUUCCAGAGUUCAAAAGGAGUUGCAGACACACUACAUGCGAAUACACACACACACACACACACACACACACACACAGCAAAAGCAACGUACAUUCAGUUACAGUGGCUCUCCUCUGGAACCACGUCUGCAUACAUAACAGGGCUACACCAAUAUCAAAUCAUACACACGCAUCAUCGCUCGUCAAUAUAAAUGCUGAGCUUUGUAAAUAAUGUAAAUGUUGGUGUUUUGAUUUCUCCUCUCAUAGUGGUUUUGCUUUAUUUCUCUGUUAAACAUGCCUUAAAUUGUAUAGUUCAGUCCUGAACGGCGGCGAACUGAAAGUGUCCUCCAAACGAGGAAUUUAAGUUGGAAACCACCUCCUUAACUGUCUAGUGAAAGAAAGAUGGGAGCUUUCUACAAGUCUGUUUACUGCUGGCAAACAGCACCGGCGUGCUCCGUGUUCGUUUUGCUACGUGUAACACCCGCUCGCCACGCAACUUACUAUUUAGGUGGGAUGGAGCAGCAAGCGGUCUUUGCUUGAUCUGAUUUUGCCAGUAAGCUUUUGUUGCCCUUUUGGUUUCUUUAAAAAAAAAAAUUGAGUGGUUGUGUUCAGAUUUCCUGUUUAGAUUGUUGCUGAAGGUGCAGGCUUAAUAAAGGGCUGGAGACUGCGCUGUCCGGAGCUGAGCUGACAGGGCGGGGACGCACGGAUGUACCGCUCUAGGUGAAACUAAACCAGAGCGACACGAUACACAAAUUGGGGAUUUUUGGUUGUCUUGGGUUUUUUACACUCGGGGGGGACUUUAAUGUCUUGGAAGCAACUAGGUACUUCUUUUUUUACAGUUUUGAGAUGUCCGAUCAGGCUUGUAGGAAGCAUGAUUUGUAGUAUUUGUGGUUUUUUGACACUAAACCUUGAGGUGGGGUCAAGAUUGCUGCAGCCUUGCUGGUGUGCCGGGUAGUGAUGCAGCCUGCUGACCGUUUGUGGUAGCGCUGAAUAGAUGAGUUGACCAGCCAGUCGGGUUUCAUCUUAAAGGAAAGUCUACGUCCUGAACAUUUUGGAAAGUUGUCUUGUUCCACAUUUGUAAUUGGAUUUGAGAGAUGAAUGCUUUUAGUCGACCAGUUUAUUUUUGUAUCGUCGAAAAUCUGAACAAUAUGCAGUUUUUAAUCCAAAUGACAGCUGAUAUUCAAUGAAUAUCUUCAGCUUAGACGUGUAGUACACUUGUACAUUUGUUUGGCUGGGGCUUUGGUGGACCGGUACCGGCCACAGCAGACUAUGUAAACUGAAGUAGCAACAAUAGGCCCCAGUAUGUCUUAACUGUCGACUUGUACUACGUUUAAUGUUGUGAUCAGUUGCCAAAACCAUGAAUAUACUAUCAAUUCUCUUAUUAGUGAAUAUCUUUAAAGAAUACCUAUGUUUGACAUUUUUAAUAAGCUGAUGUUCCGUGUGUUUGUUGUGGUUGGUCGGUCAGUCAGUCUUAGAAGUAAAACAAGGUUGUUUGCAGUUAAUUUAACUGCACUACACAUAUUUUUAUCAUAAGAUAAACAGCAAUAUUGUGUUGUCCAAAAAGCCCUGGAUGUUUGGUUGCAGUCUUAGAAAAGAUCCUGUCCCCUCAACGGCACAAGGCCGUCUGGUUUAUUUUAGCUCUGGUAAAUGUGGUUCCAACAAUAUUGCCCGAAAUGACAUCAUGUAAUUUGUAUCCCUGUCAGCUCAGCUCCUUUGGCUAAUAAGUCUUUGAAUGUUGUUUAAAUAACCGCAUUCUUGUAACUGUUUAGGAAAAGAACAACUGAAAGAUGUGUAAAUAGUUUGGCUUUUUUGUUUGUUUUGUUUUGUUUGAAGAACAAAAUAAAUACUAAAUAAAUAGCAUUUAGCAGUGAC